GCAGCGGUGGUGCUACCGACUGCCAAGAGCACCCCACAAACAAGUGCUACAUUGCUGUCUUCCAAAAACCAAGCGAGUACCCCAGCAUCAGUGUCCAAGAGCAGUGCUCAGACGGGGACCUCGCUGCUGCUGGCCCCCAAGAGCGGCACUCAGGCAGGCACCUCGCUGCUGCUGGCCUCCAAGGGCACUGCUAAAGUGGGCUCCUCACUCCUGGCCUCCAAGAGCAGUGCUGAGGUGGCUGCCUCACUGCUGGCCGCUCGGAGUGGUGCUCAGCAGGGUUCCUCACUGCUGACUUCCAAGAGCAGUGCUCAGGUGGCUGCUUCGCUGCUGGCUGCUCGGAGCGGCGCUCAGCAAGGUCCCUCGUCACUGGCCUCCCGGGGUGGAGCUCAGGCAGGUGCUUCUCUGCUGGCCUCCAAGGGUGGCACGCAGGCAGGUUCACCACAGCUUGCCUCUAAGAGUGGCUCACAGGCAGGUGAAAGCCCUGCUAAGGCUUUGUGCAAACCGUUAACCAGUGAAGAUGCAAAGGAAAGACAACCUUUUUUCAACAGACUAUACAAAGCUGUAGCCUGGAAACUGGUUGCCGUCGGAGGCUUCAGUCCUAAUGUAAAUCAUGCAGAACUUCUAAACUCAUCUGUUCAGUCCGUAAAAGCUACAUUAGAUGUUGCUUUUGUUCCCCUGAAGGAACUUGCAGACUUGCCUCAAAAUAAGAGCUCUCUAGAAAAUAUAGUUUGUGAACUGAGGUGCAAGUCUGUCUACUUGGGUACUGGCUGUGGUAAAAGUAUGGAAAAUGCCAAAGCGGUUGCUUCAAGAGAAGCUUUGAAAUUAUUCCUCAAGAAGAGAGUUAUUGUGAAGAUAUGUAAAAGAAAAUACAAAGGUAGUGAAAUUGAAGAUUUGGUACUUCUGGAUGAAGAAUCAAAACCUUCGAAUUUACCUCCAGCUUUAAGAAAUCCCCGUGAGCUCUUGUAGGGAAGAAUCACUGUUUGUACCGUGUAUAGUAUUUCAACGCAAGGACUGAAGGCUAAUUUUGUACU